AUGACAGGGCGCAAGGGCCGCGUGGUCUGCAGAGCCGACGGCUGCGUCGCCUUCGAGUCCCGCGCCGAGCACGGCCUCUCCAUCGACCACGUCAACCUGAAGGAGAAGGAGAGGUUCAUGAAAGGGGAAAAGCUCGUAGCAAUAAUCUCUGAGGCCUCCAGCUCAGGGAUCUCCCUCCAGGCUGACAGGAGGGUCAGGAACCAGAGGCGCCGAGUCCACAUGACCCUGGAGCUGCCCUGGAGUGCAGACAGAGCCAUCCAGCAGUUUGGUCGAACACACAGAUCCAACCAGGUUUCUGCUCCAGAGUAUGUCUUCCUUAUCUCGGAGCUGGCAGGGGAGAGGAGGUUUGCAUCCAUCGUGGCAAAACGUCUGGAGAGCCUGGGUGCCUUAACUCACGGGGACCGUCGGGCCACCGAGUCCCGGGACCUCAGCAAGUACAACUUUGAGAACAAGUAUGGGGCUAAAGCACUGGACAGGGUCCUGUCCACCAUCCUCAACCACACUGAGAACAGAGUUCCUGUGCCCAAGAGCUAUGAGAGAGGUGAAGCUGCAUUUUUCCAUGAAAUGAAGCAAGGGCUCAUCUCUGUGGGGAUCUUCUGCCAUCAGACCAAGUAUGGCAUGGUCACAGUGGAGAAAGACUGUUCCAUCACCAAGUUCCUGAACCGCAUCCUGGGCCUGGAGGUGGACAAGCAGAACCUGCUCUUCCAGUAUUUUUCUGACACCUUUGACUACCUGAUCGAGAAGGACAAGAAGGAGGGCAAAUAUGACAUGGGCAUCCUAGAUUUGGCCCCAGGAGUGGAUGAGAUCUACGAGGAGAGCAAGGAGGUCUUCCUGACCCCUGGGCACCCUCAGGACGGCCAGGUUGUCUUCUAUAAGAUCAGUGUUGACAGAGGCUUGAAGUGGGAGGAAGCCUAUGAGAAGUCCCUCAAGCUGACAGGACCCCAUGAUGGCUUCUACCUCUCCCUCAAGAUGCGAGGCAGCAAACACACCUGCCUGCUGGCAGAGCAGAGCAGGGGCAAGAACUUCAUCCUCUACAAGCCCAACAUCGGCAAGCAGAGCCAGCCCGAGAGCCUGGACAGCCUGCAGAAGAAGUACCGCAGGGUGCUGCCAGAGGAAGCCAAGAAGCACUGGGAGAGCAGUUAUGACUUCUCCUUGAAGAACUGCAACCAUGCUGCCUGGCACAGGCCCUGCAGGCUGGUGCAGGAGGGCCGGGAGUGCCUGCAGGGCCUGAGGCUGCGGCACUACUACAUGCUGUGCGGGGCGCUGCUGCGGGUGUGGAGCAGGAUCGCCAGCGUCAUGGCGGACGUCACCAGCAGCAGCUACCUGCAGAUCGUCCGCCUCAAGACCAAGGAGAAGAAGAAGCAAGUGGGGAUAAAGAUCCCCGAGAGCUGCGUCCGCAAGGUGCUGGAGGAGCUGAAGCAGAUGGAUGAGAACGUGAAGAGGAAGCACAGCCUCCUGCUGCAGGCCCAGGAGCAGGGCCCACACUUCCCCCUGCCACUGCCCCUCCUGCCACAGCCCCUGGACCUCACACAGACAGGGCCUGGCCUCCCCGCCCUGCCCAGGCACCCCCUGCGCCAGGAGGAGAUCCUGGACUUGACCUACAGCCCUCCCAGCAGCAGCAUUCCCGAGGUGGUGAUGAACCCAGAGCCCAGUGCCUUGUGCUUCCCCUCAGAGCCCCUUCUCCAGCCACACCAGCAGCACUCACUGCCCUUUGGCUUCAGUCACCAUCCUGCCUUCGCCAGCCCAGCCCCCAUCCUGGAGGGGAACAUCCCCCUGCAGGACCACCUCCCCCUGCCUCACCAGGGACCUCUGCAGACCCUGCAGCAGCAGCAGCAGCCACAGCAGCAGCAGCAGCAGCAGGAAGAUUUUGUCCAACAGGAUGGGAAUAUCAAUUUUAGGGAGAUCCUGGAGGACAUGCUCAGGACGUUCAGUGGACCCCCCCAGGAGAAUCUGCUCCCCCAGGAGCGCCAGAGUGUGAUCCAGUUCAGUGGACCCUUCCCUGACUUCUGAGA